GCCGCCUCCGCGCUGUUUGAGUCAUUUUCCAGCCCACGCAUCCUCGCGCUCCUCGGCAUUCCGCCGAACACCUGUCUACGCCUACCUCACCACCGCCCCCCAUGCCGCCGGCCAACCCCACGCCGCCCAAAUGGCCGAAGACCCUCACCGCAGACCACCUCCACCGCCUAGUUCGGGCCGAACGGGACCCUCGCCGCGCCCUUGCGAUCUUCGACGCUGCCACCGCCGCUUCCACUUCUGCGCCAGACCCCAUCACCCCGUCUCCGGCCACCGUCUCUCUCCUUACCUCUCGCCUCGCCUCCGCAGGGCACCUCCCCCUCGCCACCUCCCUCCUCUCCCGCUCACGCGGGGUCUUUCCCUCCGUCGCUGCUCUCGAGCCUCCCUUCCUCGGCCUCCUCCGCGCCUUCUCCCGCACGCACCGCCCGCUCGCCGCUCUCCACCUCUUCCGCUCCGCCCCCUCUGACCUCGCGCUCCCCCACUCCGCUCGCUCUUACAACGCCGUCCUCGCCGCUCUCGUCGCGCACUCGCACCUCCCCCUGGCCCGCUCCCUACUCGCCGACAUGCGCGCCGCCGGAUUCGCCCCCACCGCUGCCACCUACAACGUCCUCCUCAAGGCCCAAUGCUCCGACGCCGCCGCUGACAUCAAAGACGCUCUCCGCCUUUUCCGGAACAUCCCCAAGCCUGACGUCUGUUCCUACAACACCAUCAUCGACGGGCUCUGCCGCCGUGGCCGCCUGGCCGCGGCCCUCGAGAUGUUCUCCGAGAUGGUUGGGAAAUGCAUUGCACCAACUGUUGUUACUUAUACCACUCUUAUCCAUUGGCUCGCAAGGGAGGGUUGCUUUGAUGAUGCGUUGAAGAUAUUUGAUGAAAUGGGGAGGAGAGGGGUCUCACCUAAUCUGGUAACUUAUAGUUCACUGAUUGAUGGACUGUGCAAGGGUGGACGUGCCGCAUCAGCGUUAGAAUUGAUGGAUAGGAUGAUCAAGGAGAAGAAGCUGCCAAAUACAAUCACAUAUAGCUCGGUUAUUGAUGGACUGUGUAAGGAACAUAUGCUGAGUGAGGCAAUGGAGGUCUUGGACCGGAUGCGUCUACAGGGGCGGAAGCCUGAUGCUGGGUUGUUUGGGAAGCUCAUUGUUGGGCUAUGUGAUGCAGGAAGGGCUGUGGAGGCUGCAAAUUACCUGGAUGAGAUGAUUCUUGCCGGUAUUGAACCAAACCGGGUGACUUGGAGCUUGCAUACCAGGAUAAACAAUACCGUGCUGACAGCAUUGUGUGCUAAGGGUGAACUUGGCAGGGCUUUUCAGGUCUACCAGAGCACAAGGACUCGUAGUAUUUCUACCGACCCAACCACUUUCCAUCUUCUUGUUGAGAGCUUCUCCAAAAAGAAGAACAUGGAGAAAGCUGCCCAUGUUGUGCUUGACAUGCUGUCAGAGAGAUGCAUCCCUGAGAGGGAGACAUGGGAUGUUAUUAUCAGUGGGUACUGGAGUAAGAAGAAGGUGAGGCAAGAAGCUGAGGAAAUCUGGGACCGGCUAACUGUUAGUUGAUUUGAGAAAUUUGGCUCUAUGCUGUGCUAGUACCUGCUGUCAGCCUAGUGCAAGUAAACAUCUUGGCCAGCUUACUCGUCAGGAACCAGGUCAGACAAAAAAUUGAAGACCCUAUUAUUGCGAAGAGAGUGUGGAGCCAAUGCUGUGACGAGUGGUAGGGAAGCUAACAAACAACAUGCUUCCAAUGACUCCAAUGGCAACUGGCAAUGCUGUGAGAAGUUGCUUUGUAUCCUCGGAUGGUGUUGGAUAGAAGCAAGACACCACAUUUUGGUCAAACAGUGCAAUUGCUACAAAAAUUAUUGCUGAAACAAUGGCAUGUACAAAGUCUAUAAACCGCAUCCUGAAUCCUGCUGCUGCAAGUGGUUCAAGAGGAGCCCCACCAUCAAUGACCCACAAUCCCCUGAAUGUGGCAAACCCGUAUCGUACCUUCCCUUCCUCAUCCCUGAAGCUAUCUGUGAAGCUGAGAACAAAGCAGGACAACGCACAGAGCACCACGAGCCCUCCUGUCAUCAUCCGGUUCAUGUCACUGCAGUGGCCUUGUUUUGCCAGGGUGGGAGCCAGGAUCUGAAAAGAAAGAACGGUGCCAGAAGGAAGGAGUUUGGCGAGGUGGGCAGUGCUCUGGUAUGUUUGGCCUAUUGCUUUUUGCAUGGGGCUCAUGUUGUUGUUUCCAUCAGCUCUGUUCGACAAGAGAGGACGUAUCUCAUUGUGCUGCAACUCAGCGUCGAGGUGUGUAGCAGCCAUUGUUGCUGGCCUCGAUGUUUUUUUUUGUCACCCUAACAAUGUUCAGGUGAUCUUAUGUCGAAGAUUUGAGCAGAAGAUGGGUGUUUCUGCCGAUGGAAGGGGAGGGACCUGAAGGGAAUAGGAUCAGAACUGACACAAGCUGGGAGUUAUAUUUUUAGGUUUCUGGCGAGUCAAACAUGGAGAAUUUUGGUGCUGCAGUUUCUUUUUUGCAUUCCAGCUGUUUUAACGCACAUCUGAGUAACAGCGGGAACAGUAACUAGCAGUGCUUAUGUAAAGCGUACGGUUAUGACCGUCGGCAAAUUCAUAAUUAUGGCCCAUAUGGCUUUAUUUUUCUUCUACGGGGUAAUUGGACAUGCCAAGCACCAGGAGAUGGCUUGCUAUUGCGACCAGAUGUCGGUGCCCCCGUUGAUCUGUAAAUGCUUUGACGAUAACAUGUAAACGAAUCGUCCUUUCCAAAAAAAAGAGAGAGUAAAGAGUCGUGGUGUUAUUUGGUAAUGUAGAGAACAUGGACGGGCUGUAGCCUAAAUACCUAUAGAUGUGAAUCCUGACAUCGCAAUAGUAUACUUGACAAGUUGACA